GGUGAAUCAAUAUUUCAUGUUUUAAAGGAUUACUUCAUUGAAAAAGCAAUUCCUUUAUCAAAUAUAAUAUCAGUAGCUACAGAUGGAGCACCUGCCAUGGUUGAACGUUAGCGUGGAUUUAUAAGCUAUUUAAAACAAAAUGUGUCAGGGGUGUUAGCAAUACAUUGCGUCCUAUUUGUUUACAAAAUUUAAUAUGGUUAAUUUGCAAUUACAAGGUGACAGUUUAAAUUUGAUUAAAACAAAGUCCAUCUUAUCAGCGUUUCUUGUCAGAGUUAAACUAAUGAAGCAAAAUAUUGGACGGAGCGAAUUUUCUCAGUUCCCCAAUUUGUCACAGACAAGCUGCCAGGAAGACGACGUUUCAACUUACGUACAACAUUUAAAUGCCCUCUAUUCAGAUUUUGAAUCUGGGUUUGAGGAUAUUUUGACUAUGGUAAUAUUGCCGUGGAUAAUUAAUCCAUAUGGUGACAUAGAAGAAACGAAUGUCAUAAUACAAGAGGAACUGACUGAACUAAGUACAAACGAAGAACUUAAGGUUCAGUUUAAAAACGGAUAUCAGCAAUUCUGGCUGCAAAACAACAUACCCGUUACUUAAUCCCGUAUUAUGGAAUAUAGCGCGGAAAUUUUUAAAUUCGUUUCCAUCGUCAUACCUAAUGGAAAGGGGGUUCAGCGCUGUUACCAAUCUCCUAACGAUAAAAAGAAACAGACUGGACAUCAUUAGCCGAGGGGAUUUAAGAUUAACCCUUACAAAAUUGACGCCAAAUGUUGGUAAUUUAUUAUUAAAGCAUCAGGUUCAUCCUUCUCACUAAAAAUAUUGACUUAUUG